AUGCUGAGGGAAGCACUUCAACAUGCUUCCGUCAUGGAAGAGCACCGUUUUGAGGCUUCACUAUUAGCGGCUUUAGCCAAGGACGCUGAAGUUUCCAAACUCCAGCAGAAACUAAAGCUGGCUGAUGAUGAGAUCGACAGUAUUAACAAGCGGUUCGAUGAGGCCCAAGGCAGCGCGACCGAGGUCGAGACCCUUAAGAGUGCCCUUGCCGAAGCCAAGGAGGAGGCGAGGGCAAGCAAAGCGGCCACAGACAAGGCGGCUGCGGAUUUAGAGGCCGAAAAGGUCGCCCGCCGCCAAUAUGAGGCGAGGGUGACCAAAGUGGAGCAAGCGUUCCAGGAUACCGCCAACAAGUGUGAGUCCUUGGAGGAGAGUAAUAAGGCCCAAGCGGCCGAACUCACCAAGGCUCUUCAAGAGGCGAAGGAGGCGCGGACAGAGUCCUGGGCGGCUCGCGAGGAAAUCAAGCAAGCCGAACAGAUAGCGGCUGACGCCUUCGCGGAUCUCUCGAGGAGUGCUGCCGACGCCGCCCAGUAUUUCCGGGCCCAAGAAGGGAACGCGGCGGGGAAGCUCUUCUGGUCACAUAUCCCCUUCACGCCCCCCACUUCCGUCCUCAGCCCCUCCGUCACCUCAUAUUCUCAAGCCCGCCCCAAGGAUGAUGCCUGUGAUGCCUACAGGAUUGCGGCGCUAGCCUACGACCCUUUCCACCCCAGCCAUUCCGGAUACUACCUCUGCACCUACGACUCCAAGGACCCUCGGUGGAGACGCACGCCCGCUGCCUCUCCACAGCCACCACCGCCUGAAGACUUUGUGUCCAGCAAGGUCAUCACCAUCCGCCGCUCUGGCUCCGGCUCCUGUUCCGGCAUCAUGGGCUGGGUCGACCUCUGGAGUGGCAUGCUCCUCUGUGACGUGCUCGCUGCCGCCGCCGACACCCUCUGCAUCCCGCUUCACUAUCUCACCUUUCCAGAGCCGAGGCAGCUGCGAACUGAGCUCCCUCUUGCCACAGACAUUGGAUACCACUUUCGGGACAUCGCCCUAGCCAAUGACUCCGGCAUCAUCAGGUUUGUCGACCUUCAGGUCCACGCCGAACCCAGCCCGCGCUCGCAAACUCCUAGUGGCUGGACGGUGGUCACGUGGACCUUGGAGGGGCUCAAUGGCGGUCUGGAUGCCCUGUUUUUCCGGCAGGAGCACGAGAUCCAUUCUGGACAUAUCCACGGCUACAACCUGCCUCAGUCUCUCUUUGUUUCCAACCCCAUCCUCAGCUCCGACAGAGAUGGCGUCCUCUACCUCUUGACCAAUGCCAGCAGCGAAAACACCAACAACAUGCCGUCGAAGGUGAUUGCUCUUGACCUCAACCAGAAGAUGUUGCUGGACGUGCAGGAAUUCGACAGGCAAAGACCCAGCUCCUACAUGACCACUAGCAUCUCCAGCUAUCUCAUGCCAGCUGCUGCAGUUUCAAAGGAGAAGGAGAGUAUGAAACGGCGUGCGCCAAAGUCUAUGGGAUCCGCUCGCAAGAAGCAGCCUGCCAUCGCUAACCCAGCAGCGGUAGGAGGAAAGGGUGAUGUCGGGGAUGCAAUGGACUUGUCACAGUAGGUGGUUUGUUUGGUGGUUUGUUUGGGUACGAGUGCCCUUUGAGAUGACUACCAUCAUGGAUUAUUUGCUCUCACAAGCUUCAAACCAUGACAUCCACCAUCGCAGGAAGUAGUAUGAAUCAGAAUUUUAUUUAUUAAGGUUACUAUGAUGGAUGUUAAUUUAGGAGAUGAUUAUUUAUAUUUAGAGCUCCCUCCAGGUGCCUGUUAAUUUGCUUACUAUUAUUGUUGUGCUCUAGGUAGCUAGUACAAGAUGAUGUCCCUGCAUGGUUUGUAAUCCCCUCCGUACCUGCUUUGUUUGACUUUCUACUAUUGUUAAGGUUAUUAUGAAUGUCUCGA